AUUCAACACCACAAUGGAUCAUUAAUGCUCAAAAAAUCACAAUCUCCCAAUCAUCCAAAUAAUUCUUAAUCCAAAAUUAAAACCUGAAGACAGAUAUUUAUGCUCUUUAUGCAUAGAAGAAUAAUAACAUUUUGGAAAUGUGAUUGGAUAUAAGAAAGCUUUGGAGAUGGUGGACUAAAAUAAAUAGGAGUUGAACACAAAAAUAUUUGGAAUGAUUAAUGAAGAAAUUUUAAAGGUGAAUAAAUGGAAGAGAGAUAUUUAAGAUUAAAAAAAUUACACCAUAAGCAUUUAUGAUUCUUUGAUAAAAACCAUUGAUGAAUGGGUUAUCAGUAUUAAAGAUUAACAAUUUUCAUAAGAAAAUAAGAAAUUUUUAGAGGUAUUAGACGAUAUGAGUGAUAAUCAGGAAGGUUGGAUCAAGUAUACCAUAUACCAAACAGUCUCUUCAUUAAUAUUAAUUGAUAAUAUUACACAGAAAAAACUUUAGACCCUAUUCGACGAACUGAAUGCAAUUCUUAAUAACCUUGCUAUGAACAAUUAAUUUAAUGAGAUCUUUUCAUAAAACCUUAAUAUAUUUUGGAAUUCAUACAAAACUGCUGAGCAAUUUAGAAAAAACCAAUUAAAUGUAUUUCUUUAUAAUCAAUUAGAAUAUUGAAAAUAUUUUCUGUAAAUCCCAUAAUUUACCUAUAACCUCUGUUAAUAUUUAAAAAAAUGUUCCUUUGGAAUAGAGAGUUAACUGUAAGAAAUGUAAGGGAAAAGGAGAAUCUAUUGAAGAAUUGAAGAAAGGUUUAGAUUAGUAUUUUUUAGAUCAUAGUAGGUAGUUGUAAAAUAAUUCUCAGAAAUUUAAAAAAGUGAUUUAAAAGUAUUGGUUAAGUUUAAUAAAAGACCUUUAAUUUUCCUUUUUUUCACAAUUAAAUAAUUUAACAUACUAAUUGUUAAAUUAAGAGUAAAAAUCAAUAUUAGAAUUUAUUUGCAAGGUUUAAAGAUCUGAAAGCUGCAAUCUUAGCAAUUGCUAAAAUUUAUGCUAGAUGUUAAGCGAAAAGGAUUAAUCUAUUCCAGAAUGCUAAAUAGGUGAUUAAUAACUUAGAAUUCUUGUGUUUGUAAAAGAUUUGGUAACAAAAUUAUAAAAUUCAAUGAAGAUAAUUUAAGAAAAACAUCUCUUUAUUUAAAAAUCUAAAGAUGAUUUACCAAAAAUCACAGACUUGUAAAUACAGAGAGAAAUAUAUUGGAAAUAAUUGCCUUUAAACACCAUUUGGAAUGAUAUUAAUGUUAAACCAAAUUGCGCGUUAGUUACUGAUUUAGAUUCUAUAUUAAUAAAAGGAGUAAACAAUUGCAUAGAAAUACAUCAUUCAAUAAAUUAGCGUUUAACAAAGAAAAUUCUAUUUCUUUAACCAAAACAAUUUGUAACUUGUUUUGCAGAUUGUAAAAUUGUUAAUUCCUUCUUAGCUGGUUAUAAUGAUGGAAAAUUGUAAUAUUGGAAAAUAUUAAAGCCCUAAAUGAAUUUUUAUCAAAAUAUUGAUAUAUAAAAUCAAAAUGUGUAAAAUUUUCACUUUGAAACACCACAAUAUUAAAAUCAUACAGAUUAAAUAAAUUUUAUAUAUAUGAAAAAAUCAAAAUAAAAUGAUUUUAUUACAGAUGUACUUACAGCAAGUUCAGAUGGAUUAAUAAAUAUUUGGGAGUUUUAAUUAACUAAGAAUCGAAUAAGCUUCCAAUACUCGCUGAAGCGACAUGAAAAAUCCGUGAUGGCUUUAGCUUUAAAUGAAAACGAGGAUAUUUUGGUUUCAUGCGGGUAAGAUAACAAAAUAAUAAUCUGGGGUAAGAGAUAAAAUUAGACAACAUAAUUUUAAACAUGGUAGUUUUUAUCUAUUGUUAAGUAAUCUAUCUAUAGUUUUGUGAAAAAAAUACAAUUUUUAACCAACAACAUUUUCAUUACAGUGCACCAUGAUUAGGAAUAUGUUCAUAUAUUUUAAUAAAAGCAAGAUAUUUUUGAAGAACAAAAAUAGAGAAAGAUCAAACUAUUUCCUUGCUCAAAAGAUAAUUUUGAGUUUCAAAUGACAAAAAUCUAGAAUGGUGUGGUAUGUUUUGGUCACGGUUAAACUGUGUAUAUUGUAUCUUUAACAAAAAAUCAGGAGAUAAAGUUAUCAUCAGAUCCAAUAUGUCAAAAUAAAUAGAGUAAGUUGGAUGGUUAUUGCGGUGUCGUUAAUAAUAAAAAUAUAAUAAUUUGGACACCAAAUUGUAAAGUAUAUGAAUUGAUUGUUUGA